GCUCGUUUCGAAGCUCGCCUCGCCUGGCUCGGUGCACAGUUCUCCUGGCGGCGAUGGCUCUGAUAGCAGCUGCGCUGCAGCAUGUACUGGCGUUUGUAUCGGGACCAGCACUAGCGGUCUCAGAAUGCCUGCCAUGAGAGCCAUGAAGCACGCAGGCUUAGAUGCCCGCGACACUGCCUUCAUGGCUCGCCUACGGACCUUGGCGCAGCAGGCGCUGACGUGGCCACACCUCAGCGACGGGCAGCGGCUGAUGUGGGCAGCGGUGCUGCAGCUGGAUGUGGUGCCGCUGCAGGAGCUGCCUCCAUGGUUUUUGGAGCGGCAGAACAUCACCAGAAAACAUCCAGGCGUUGAUUUGCUCAGCUUGGAUGGCCACCUGGCGGUGCGCUGCUCCGACACAGCACUGCCGCAUCGGGAGGUGAAGCGCUUCCUGCGGAUGGCGCGGUGGGUCUACAAGGCGAAAAACUGCACCCUGGUGACCGGCAGCUUGCGACUGCUGCCCAAGAUGUCCAAGUCCUGGCUGGCCACCGCUGCAGCGGUUUCUGCCGAUCACACGGUUGUGGAUCCCGUUGAUCCACCCCUGAGGCAAUGCCAAAAGGACUGCCUGGAGGCAUGUGCGAAGGGUGCCAGGAAGAUAGAGAUGGCUUGUGGGACAGGCAAGACGCGAGUGAUGAAGGAGUUGGUCGGCAAUGUGUCAGGUAGAGUUCUGAUCACGGUUCCUCUCGUUGCUUUGUUGGACCAGUUUGCUCCAGACUUCCCCGCCUUCUGCAAAGUUGGAACCGGCCACAACAACAAGAUUGACUAUGAAGCAAAAGGCUUCAUUUCUGUCACAAAGUCAGUGGAUUUGCUUCAGAAUGUAAGUUUUGAUGCCAUUUUGGUGGAUGAAGCACACCAUCCACUUCCACCUGGGCUGCCAAAAUGCGAAGACAUGUUUCAAUUCUCGGCAACCCUUGGUGACAGUACUGAAUUUAGCUACUCCAUGGGUCAAGCAAUUGAAGAUGGCAUUUUGUGUGAUUACGAUAUUACGGUGCCUGCGAUAACUGGACACCAUGCAUACGUUUGUUUGGCAGAUUUGCUUCUGAAGCAAGCUGGACGUUUCAGAAGGGUCCUUGCCUACUGCAACUCUGUCGCAGAAGCCAAGAAGUUCCAAAUGGUUUUGCAGGAGUUGGGGCUCGCUGCAUGGCACAUAAAUGCCCUUACCACUCAGAAGAAGAGGAAACAGAUAAUGGACGAAUUCACAGGUGUCUUGCGGAAGCCUGUUCAUGUUCUUGUCACCGUUGAAGUCUUGGGCGAAGGGAUCAACAUCCCAAAUGCAGACACUUGCAUGUUCGUGGAGCCUAGAAACAGCUACAGGAGCAUUGUGCAAGCCAUAGGCCGGGUGCUUCGUCACCAUCCCAGCAAGGCAAUUGCUCACAUUGUUUUACCAGCUGUUGCAGCGCCAAGCUUGGGGGUUGAGCAGUCGUCGUCAGCAUCGGCACCAGUGUCGAGGCUGGCUCAACGAGACCCUAAAGCACAGCAUUUGGUGAAAGAUUCUUCAAGGUCAACUGCACAUUCCUUAUCGCUGCUCGCACAGAUGACAAGCACGCAAGAAUCUCCGGACAGGGAUGUACUGCACAUUGAACCCGGAGGAUUGCGUCCAGAGAGUGGACUGGCCAAUGCGAAGCCAGGACAUAACCAGCCUUCAGAAACUUCCAAAUCUUACCUAAAUGGCAAAGCGCAACCGGGGCACAAGAUAGGACCGAUGGGAUGCCACGCCCGUCCAGAUCAGGGGCAACAGCUCAAGAAGCUGACAGAAUUCGUGCUAGAGCACAGAGGCCUCCCAUCUGAAUGUCAGCAUCGCUCAUUGUAUCGUUGGCUGCUUGAUCAGCUCCACCGACUUUCGGCUGGCAAACUUCCUGCAGAAUUCACUACGAAGAUGCAAGAAGCUCAUCCGCUCAUAGCUGAAGCUGCUGCUAGGCCUUUCCUGCAGCGGCUGGGCCGGUGGCCAUGGCUCUUGGAAGAGGUCGCGUCAACGUUUGGAAGGUCGCCGCGCCUGGCUCGGUGCACAGUUCUUCUGGUGGCAGUGGCUGCUAUAGCUGCUGUGCUGCAGCAUGUGCUAGCUUUUAUCUCGGGUUCCUAUGCAGAGACCAGGACCAGUACGGGUGGUCUCAGAAUGCCUGCCAUGAGGGCCAUGAAGGGUGCGGGCUUCCAGGCUGCAUCGGUGACUCGGGGACAGACUCAUGUGCAAGUUGGAGCACCCAUUGCAGUGAGCUUUGUUUUCAGGCUCGGACGCCCGCGACACUGCCUUCAUGGCUCGCCUACGGACCUUGGCACAGGAGGCGCUGACGUGGCCACACCUCAGCGACAGGCAGCGGCUGAUGUGGGCAGCGGUGCUGCAGCUGGAUGUGGUGCCACUGCAGGCGUUGAUUUGCUCAGCUUGGAUGGCCACCUGGCGGUGCGCUGCUCCGACACAGCACUGCCGCAUCGGGAGGUGAAGCGCUUCCUGCGGAUGGCGCUGUGGGUCUACAAGGCGAAAAACUGCACCCUGGUGACCGGCAGCUUGCGACUGGUGCCCAAGAAGUCCAAGUCCUGGCUGCUGAGAUCAACUGCUGAUUUUAGAAGCAUCACGCCCAAGAUGAUGCAGAGGCUGGCCACCGCUGCAGCGGUUUCUGCCGAUCACACGGUUGUGGAUCCCGUUGAUCCACCCCUGAGGCAAUGCCAAAAGGACUGCCUGGAGGCAUGUGCGAAGGGUGCCAGGAAGAUAGAGAUGGCUUGUGGGACAGGCAAGACACGAGUGAUGAAGGAGUUGGUCAGCAAGGUGGCAGGCAGAGUUCUGAUCACGGUUCCGCUACGUGCCUUGUUGGACCAGUUUGCUCCAGACUUCCCCGCCUUCUGCAAAGUUGGAACCGGUCAUAACAACAAGAUUGAUUGUGAAGCAAAAGGCUUCAUGUCCGUCACAAAGUCGGUGGAUUUGCUGCAAAAUGUGAGUUUUGAUGCCAUUUUGGUGGAUGAAGCACACCAUCCACUUCCACCUGGGCUGCCAAAAUGCGAAAACAUGUUUCAAUUCUCGGCAACCCUUGGUGACAAUACUGAAUUUAACUACUCCAUGGGCCAAGCAAUUGAGGAUGGCAUUUUGUGUGAUUACGAUAUUACGGUGCCAGCGGUCACUGCACACCAUGCAUACAUUUGUUUGGCAGAUUUGCUUCUGAAGCAAGCUGGACGUUUCAGAAGGGUCCUUGCCUACUGCAACUCUGUCGCAGAAGCCAAGAAGUUUCAAAUGGUUUUGGAGGAGUUGAGCGGGAUGCUCCACUUAGACAAGAGCAUUCUCAAGCUCAACACGCACUGGAAUUUGGAAGAGCUGGCAGGUUUGUGGGAAAAUUUUACGAAGGCUAAGCAAGAGUUUCGGAACAAGAACUGCACUAGCCAAGGCAAGCAUGAGUCCCUGGACCAGCUGCAGCUUGCUGAAGCAGAUAGCAGUCAGGUCAAUUUGCGCAAUCCUUCAACAGAGACGUUGCAGAGACUGGAGGAGUUUGUGGAAAGAUGUCCCGUGAUGUCCUUGCGCAGCAUCAUGGCGAUUGCCAAUGCUCCGUCCUUUGACAACCUU